AUGCUGAGAAAAACCAUGUCUUCAUCUGCCGGAAGAACGUACACCCAAAUCCUCGACUUCUGGUUCAGCCCAAAGUCCUCCCCCGACUACCUGCAGCAAAAGUCCUUCUGGUACGGAAGCGCAGCCGACGACGCAUACGUGCGCAAGAACCUUGGACCCUCCUACAACGAAGCCAAAAAUGGCCAUCUGGAUAACUGGAUGGAUCUUGCCCACGGAGAAGGCGCUCUAGCCCUCAUCCUCCUCCUAGACCAGGUCCCCCGCAACAUCUUUCGCGGGUCGCCCGAUGCCUACGCGACGGAUGCACAGGCAGUGGCUGUUGCGCGCCAUGCUGUAGACAAGGGCUGGGACCGGGAGCUGCCGGGGAUUCAGAGGCGAUAUCUUUAUUCGCCGUUUAACCACUCGGAGAAUUUACAGGACCAGGAGGAGUCUGUUAGACUGUUUACGGAGCUCGGUGAUCCGUACCAUUUGCGCUGGGCGAGGGAUUUUCGUGACCAGAUUAGGCGGGAUGGAAGAUUCAAGCAUCGUGAUGGUGUACUGGGGAGGUAA